CACAGUGAUGUCUGAAGCACGCAAGAGGAGUAGGAAACACUUCUGCGGGCACACGCACAAGAGAUUGAAGCGCGCGCGCGAGCUGGAGGUGGGUGCGCAGGGUGUUAUCAUCACCUGCAACAUGGACGAGCGGAAGUGCACGAGCGAAGCCUUCAGUCUGCUCAACGAGUACGCGGAGGUGCUCUACGGUCCUGAACAGCCGGCUGAUACUCACGACAGUGUGAGUGAGGAAGAGGAUGAUGAAGAUGUGGAAGCAGCUCUGAAGAAAGAGGUGUCUCAAAUACAGACAUCCGUGAAGAAGCAGCAGCAGCGGUUCACUGCAAUGGACAGUGGAGCCAAUAAUGUCGUGUUCAUACGAACUCAUGGAGUCGAUCCAGAGCAGCUGGUUCAUCACAUCCUGUCAGACCUCCAUCAGACGAGGAAGAGGAAGUCCCGUGUGAUUUUGCGGAUGUUGCCGGUGUGCGGUACGUGUAAAGCGUUUCAAGAGGACAUUGAGAAGUAUAUGAGCGUGUAUCUGGAGCGCUGGUUCAAAACGCCGCUGCGCGCCACCUACCAGAUCUGCUUCAAAGCCCGAAACAACAGCCACAACAAGAGAUUUGAUGUCAUCAACGCCAUCGCUGGUUUGGUGGCUCAGAUGAACCCGCAGAAUAAAGUGGAUCUGACUAAUCCUGAGCUGACCAUCAUCAUCGAGAUAAUCAAGAGCGUGUGCUGCGUCAGCGUCGUCAGGGACUACACGCUCUUCCGCAAGUACAACCUACAGGAAGUGGCUAGAGAGCCCACCAAUCAGAGCCCAGGACAACAGGAAGCAGUGAAGAGCACAGCCAAUCAGACACAGGAGCACAGAAACGACCAAUCCGCUGAGGCGAAGACUGAAGAGGAGAGGAAAGAGGCGUUGCUUCAGUGAACGUGUUGAGAGGAGAUGAACUCUGACCUCUGCAGAUAUCAGUGUCGUUAUUUGUUGUGUUUUGAUCUGAUGUUUUACAAAACUUAAAGUGACAGUUCAUCCAAAAAUAAAAAUGCUCCCAUCAUUUACUCAUCCUCAUGCCAUCCCAGAUGUGUGACUUUCUUUCUUUGGCACAACACAAAUUAAGAUUUUAGAAGAAUAUUUCAGCUCUGUAGCUCCAUACA